UAUAUAAGUGUGUGUGUGUUUAUGUAAGAGUGUGUAUCUGUUUAUGGUGUCUUCCUAGUGGGGUAAACACCAAUCGGAGCAUCCCUCGUUUUUGUUGUUUUUUUUUUUAUUUCUUUCCCCUCCCCCUUGUUAUUCAAUUCCUAAUUUUUUUUUUGUUUUAGUUUAAUUACUAUCUAUUUGUGAAUAGCAACAACAACUUUUUAUUUAUAUCUAGUCGACUUUUUAAAGGGCCGCACUCGACCGUCGUGUCACACAUACACACAUCUAUAUAAAAUAUAUAAUAUAAAUACACACACACAUACAUACAUACACCCAAACACAUCCAUCUAAAACAUCAAACCUUAAUUGACUCUGUUGAAAUCCUCCAUCGACUCUCGGACGACUUUAAAAUCAAAAUUACUCAAUUCUUUAUUUAAUUAACUACGUAGUGUGAAUUCGAAAUGGCAAAUACUAUCAGUGAGGUUGAUGUGAUGGUAGGCAGCCGUCUAAUCGUUGAUCCAGAAGUCUAUGAAUACUGGUUAAACGGUAACACAGCACAUGAAGCGGCCAUCAAUCUACAACAGAACGGAGUGCUUGUUAAGUACCAAGCAACAUUUGAUGAUCUUCUUAGCGACACCAGAGACUAUUACCGUACUUUUGCAAGUCUCGAACGAUUACUGAAAAACCCUCCCAAACUCGCUGAUCAACAAACCUAUCUUAUUGAUCCUGAUACUCAGAGUAUGCUGAUUGAAAAAUACUAUCAGUUCGAUCCUCGUGUUGUAAGGGAAAUUCUUGGUAAGAAGCUCUCAGCUCGCAAUCGCAAAGAUUUGGAUGAUGUAAGUGAGAAGACCAAAGUUUUAUUACGAAGUUGUCGGCGUCAGUUUGAUAACAUUAAGCGUGUUUUUAAGACUGUGGAAGAAAUGAUGGGUACCCUAGUUGAUAACAUUUGUACCUAUUACCUACUACCUAAAGAACUUGCUCGACAGUACGCUGCAAUAGUCUUCAUCACAAACAAUAGGUUUGAAACUGGUAAGAAAAAACUCGCAUUUCUCACAUUUGAAGAUUAUGUUCAUUGUGCAAACCAAAUGAUUGCUAAAUGGUCUUAUAGUUCUGUGGAAUGUACAGGCCAUGAAGACAUGGAUGUCGAUCUGGACAGGGAUUUUUUGCAGAAGUUACGAGAUCUAAAAAUUCUUACAGAAAAGGAACACCUUGAUGAACAUAAAAGUAUUGUCUUAGAUAAAGUGCUGAAGAUAAUGUCCGACAGAGCUUUUCAAGAUCUGGAAGCGAAUUUCAAGAAUGUUUCAAAAACAAUCAUCAACAUUGCUUAUGGUCUGAACCAUAGCAAAGACGCACGGGACAUUUUUGUUGACUUGGUUGAGAAAAUGAUAGAACCAUGUUUUCAGUCUCGAUGGACACAAGCAGACAUGCAAUAUUUCUUGACAGCUUACCGAGAGAGCUGCAAAGAGAUGCAGCUCUUUAUCCGCACUGAUCCAAACUUACUUGUUGUGUGGGAGCGAUACAUCAGCACACUUUCUAGUUGCGUUUUACAGAUUUAUCACACAUGACUUGGGCUGUGAGCAUGUGUUUUACCAGGGGACAUUUAUGUGGUGCAUUUGACAUGCUGAAACAAAGGGCUGACAGCUUGGCCAAACAGGGAUCAUUAUCGACUCAGUCAUUUUGUUGUAGAUAUAAGUUUUUGUGGGGGGGAUUGGAGUUGUUUUUGUUUUUUGCUUCUUUUUUUUAUAUAUAUUCUAUAUCAAUCCUGAUUGUGCAAAAACUUAAAAUUCCAUCCAACCAUCAAACCUUUCACAACCAAAUUAACCAACAGCUGAUACUUAGUUAGAAUCUAGAGAAUAUAAUAUCUAAAUAUCUGAUGUGAAUUUUUAGUUUAGGUCUCAUACAUUCUCAAUUUUUUUCCUUAAUUAUUUUAUAGGAUAAUUGUAAAAGUAAGUGAAAAGACUAUUAUUGAUCCCCAAUAUUAUUGGCACAAUGGGUUUUUUCUUUUUUUUUUUGUUUAUUCUUUUUCUUUUCUUUGGUGGUAGGUGGUAUAGGUGAUUAAAUUGAUCACUAUGUUUGACUGGUACUUUUUUUUUAUUUUUUGACCCUGGAAGGAUAAAAGAUAAAACAAAGUUGAUCUCAGAGGGAUUUGGAUUCGAAGUGUGAAAAUGGCUUUAAUUGACCCUUUAGUAUUCAGAUUAUUUUUAUCAAAUGUAAUGCUUAUAUGUUUACAUUAUUUUGAAUUACUCAUGCAUUGUCUCGAAAUUUGGAGAUUUCAAUGAUGCUAAUCUUUACUUUAGGAAUAACAUUAUAGGGCUAGAUUUAAGGGGCCAGAUCUGGCUAGUGUGAGCAUAAAAUGGUAAGAAUAUUUUGGCCAAAUACAGCCAGUUUAAAUACUAAAGGGUUAAAUAUUGUGAGUCAAUUUGCCUGACACUUUAACAAAUUUGCCAGUGCAUAUACUAAUUAGGUUUUGACUAAAGCAUCAGCUGAAAACAAAUGUUGAAAAUUUUGUAAUUGACAUAAUCAUGUGACAACAAAUAUAAUGAAAAAAAAAAUCAAAUAUAGUGGUAGGGAACCUAAUGAGUUACCUUUUCUCAUUCAUUUCCUUUAAUUAUUUGUUUGGAGGAAUGACAAUAGAUUAUAAUCUAUGUCCUCUGGUGAGGAUCUCUUAUCAGCUACUUCUCAUAAUAUUACUCUUGAAAAAUCUGCAUUCUCAAUGAUUUCAACAAAUUUUAUAUGAAAUAAUAUGGUAAUUUUUUUUCUCUCUUUGUCUUCCUUAUGGAUAUAAAUAAUUAUGUAAGCAGAAUUGUAUAAAAAUAGAUAAUUAUUGAUUUAUUGAUAACUAAUUAUCAGUUGCUAUUAAUAGGAAGGAAAUGUAGAUUCAGCUCAUUAUAUAUUCAUAUAUGAUGUAUGUAUAUACAUUG